UGACAUUAAAGCAUUUAAAGCAAAAAUCAUUGUUUGAUAAAGGUGUGCCUUUUAUGAGGUACACUAGGAUGGUCUUUAUUUCAUUUACCUGAGUUUUCAUUUUAUCAUUAGACACAAAAGGACAAAUUAGGUACAAGGUUCCUUUAAAAAAAUUUAAAUCAUUUUUUAUUUUUCAAUUACAGUUGACAUACAAUAUUACAGUAGUUUCAGGCAUGCACCUCAGUGAUUAUACAUUAUAUAACUUACUAAGUCAUUAUGUUGAUAAAUCUCAUACCCAUCGGAUACCAUACAUAGUUUAUCACCACCAAACCAGUAUUAUAUGAAAUGUCAAAGGUUCUUCUUGAAGAAGGAGGAGAAAUGAAAAGAAUGAUAAAUGGCAAUAAAUACAUAUCUAUUAACAACUGAAUCUAUAGAUACAGAGAACAUUUCCACAGCUGCCAGACGGGAGGGGGUUUGGGGAGAUGGGUUAAAAGGGAUUAAGUACAAACUGGUUACAGAAUAGUCAUGGGGAUGAAAAAGCACAGCACAGGGAAUAUAGUCAAUAAUAUUCUAAUAACUGGGUACAAGGUGUUUUGACGAGAUGUGCAUGGAAUGUAUUUAUAAAAACAGUUUUCUGGCAAGGUGGGAAGGCAGGUAUGUGUUGUUAGAAGUCGAAAAAAAAUUUUUUUUUAAGAGCUGGGAAGGAGGGAGACAAAGGUACCCUGGGAGGACACAGCGCGGAGAAGCAGCAAGCUCCGAAAGCCAAGAGGCGGCGUGCCCCUGCCUGGGCAGGAUGAAGGACACCAGGGGCUGCCGCUAGACACUCUGCCCUGGAUUCUGCGGCAGCUGUCCCAAAAGGACUAGAGCGAUAGGUCCUGCCAAGUGGAGCCAGCGCAGGAAGCCUGGAUUGCCCUGGAGCUCGGGCGGCCGGUUCGGACAGAGUUAAAAGACCAUCACCUGCGGCUGAAGUGCGACUCACAUGGGAAGUAGGAAGUGCCGUGCUCGAGCUUCCUGUAUAAAUAAACGCGCGGCUGCGGGUGCUGCUGCUGGCGAGCUGUGCCCCAAGCUCUGCAAGGUUCCCGUGCACCGCGGCAGCUCCUCGAGGCAGGAGGUGGUUGGUUAUAGAUCCUUCUCCUCCGGGCCAAUAGCUCUGGGAGCCCGAGUCCUGUUACGGCCCUGCAAAGUGGAAAGCUGUCAGCUGCAGAGCACGGAGGACGAGGGAGAGAAUGAAACAGCUCCUCCUCCCCGGUGUGCGAACCGGAGGCUGCUGAGAAGCCCAGCGGCCGGAGGAACGUAGCUCCCAGUCAGGGGUUAAGGAGACUAAAGAGGCUGAGCAGGCCGAUGGGCUCAGUUGGUAGGCUGCAUUAACUCACCAUGACUGCCGAAAAUCCCACGCCUGGAGACCUGGCUCUGGCUCCUCUUGUCACUUGCAAACUCUGCCUGUGUGAACAGUCUUUGGACAAGAUGACCACACUCCAGGAAUGCCAGUGCAUCUUUUGCACAGCUUGCCUAAAACAGUACAUGCAGCUGGCAAUCCGAGAUGGAUGUGGGUCUCCCAUCACCUGCCCCGACAUGGUGUGCCGAAACCACGGGACCCUGCAGGAAGCUGAGAUUGCCUGUUUGGUACCUGUGGAUCAGUUUCAGCUUUAUCAGCGGUUAAAAUUUGAACGAGAAGUUCACCUGGACCCCUACCGGACAUGGUGUCCCGUCGCAGACUGCCAGACAGUGUGCUCCAUUGGAGCAGGUGACCCAGGACAGCCUGUGCUGGUGGAGUGCCCUUCCUGCCACCUGAAGUUCUGCUCAUGUUGUAAGGAUGCUUGGCAUCCUGAGGUCUCCUGCAGAGAAAGUCAGCCUAUCAUCUUGCCAACAGAACAUGGGGCCCUCUUCGGGACAGAUGCAGACGCCCCCAUUAAGCAGUGCCCAGUUUGCCGGGUUUAUAUCGAACGCAAUGAAGGCUGUGCGCAGAUGAUGUGCAAGAACUGCAAGCACACGUUUUGCUGGUACUGUCUCCAGAACCUGGAUAGCGACAUUUUCCUCAGACAUUAUGACAAAGGGCCAUGUAGGAAUAAGCUUGGCCAUUCAAGAGCCUCAGUGAUAUGGAACCGAACGCAGGUGGUUGGGAUUCUUGUGGGCUUGGGCAUCAUCGCCUUGGUGACUUCACCCUUGUUGCUUCUGGCUUCCCCGUGUAUAAUCUGUUGUGUCUGCAAGUCCUGCCGGGGCAAGAAGAAAAAGCAUGACCCAUCCACAACCUAAAGAUCUCUGUCUCUCUUUGUGUCUGUGUGCCACACAUGUCUUUUACAUACAAGACAACAAAGUGAUAAAGUCCCACUUAGUGAACUUGCCUCCUUUUUCUUGCCAAAUUUUGGAAGUGCCUCUGUGUCCAGACUUGCCUGCCUGCCUGGGGCAUCAGCAAAGGCCAGGCAGUGGUGUGUGUGUUCCUAUGUAAAGACAAUCGGUUCUGCAGUCCAGGUUGUGUCUGUGGAGCACGUCAGAAGCUUCGGGUUCCUGGGAAGGAGCUAACACAUCAUCGUUUUAUCAUCUGAAAGAUCCCACUGGACUGUUCAACUUCCAGCCAGAUUCAAGGAGCCUGAGUGAAUGAACAUUCAAUAUAAUAAAGGUGUUGUCGUGGUUGGCAAUAUACAUGAUCACUGAGAAGCUCAAGUGCUGUUUGCUGUUUGACUACCAUGGGAAACAUGGGGGAAAACCCAUGGAUAAGACUGUUUUGGGGAAUACUUUCACAAUGGUGAUAAAGCAGGCUGCUUAUCUUAGGAGUCAGUGUGGUGGCUCUGCCCCUGCCAGCUACUGGGUGUGCUUUCCCAGCAUUCCCACAGUGAGUUGGCAGAAACACAAUGGGUUUCUCCCUGUGUGAUCCCAGCUUCAAGCAGGAGAAACUUCUGUGCAGAGGAAAUUGUCCUUUCCCAGUAAAAGGGUUUCGACAUCUAAAACAAUAUGGUCUAACUUAGCCUCUCUCUCGGCAAGUGUUAACUUUUUUAAGGUGAUAAACCCUUCUCCUGUAGCCGGUAGCUGCUGUCUACAAGCUUAUUUUACAAGAAGGAUUUGGGUGCAGUGGCAGAAGUUCAAAACCUUCAUCAUAGAUAACAGGGACCUUUCUUAGCUGUGUUCAUGCACCCAACGGAUGUGGAAUUAGACCUCCAGGUACACACCACGCCCGUUGGUUCAUCUAGAACCCGUAUAACUUGCUGCCUACCUAGAAUUUCUAUCCAUUGGCAUGCCUGGGUAUAAAUACAAAAGCAUAGUGAGUACUAUUGCACACAAUAGUACAACACACAAAUGUUUAUGUAAAAUCCAGUCUAUAUUUCCUUCUGUGACUAAUACUGUUUAUUAUAAAUCAACCUACAUAUUUUGUGCAUAUUAUAUAUGUAAAUUUUGGUUACAAGUUCUUAACUUACCCAAGUACAGACUCAUAAACUUUAGUAACUUUUUAAAAAGGAUACUUAGUACUCUCAUCUCAGUUUGUAAAAACACUGAUUGAUAAUCACAUUAUUUAUGUAUUUUCAAACACAAUUCAGAGCAGCUGUCUUCUCAGCAGAGUUUAGUAUCUGUUAGGGCAAUCUGAAUUCUGUAUGCAAAAGGCACUGAUAAAACAACAAAAAUAUAAUAGAAAUAAAAUGUAAAAGCAUUAUAUAUAUAUAUUCAGUAGUUUUGAUUUGUAUACCCUCAUUGUGACUUAUUUUUCCCAUUCUAUCAUUAGUCAGAUUUUGAAUAAACGGGUUUUGAAAAGACAAUGACUGUUUCUCCAAUGACAGGAUGAUAUAACUGCCACUAGCAAUGUAGCCUGGUGCCUCGUGAGAACUGUGCUAAGUGUUAACAGAGCGCUCUCCAUGAAGCCGAGGGUAAAGUAUAAGGAACUAUCAGGAACUAUGAUAUAUUCUGAGGUAACUGGAUAACUAGAUUAUUAAAUUGCUGCUAUCCUGGACCUAUUAUUAAAGGAUAAUGCUUUGCCUAUGUAAUGGAAUGUAUCCUAAGUGGGGAUUGUGUAUAUUUAAGGAACUUUAAUUCAUACAUAUUGAUAUAUGUAUAUUACUUUUGGUCAUGUAUAU